UUCUAAGUAUUGUAUGUACGUUGUAUUAUAUAGUUCGUGUAUAAAGAAUUUUUUAUGUAGUAAAGGAUCUCAUUUCUGUUGCAUAUCUCCUUAAUGUAAGCAGAAUUAAUCGGUGUUGAUAGAACAACAUAUUGUCCCUAAAGGGUUAUUCUUAAUAGAUAAUACGCCGGAAAAGAGUCAAUAUUUUGGGUCAAGUUAUUGUUUUUAUCUUGUAUAUUCUUAUUUCUAGUUUUUUUUGAGCGCUAUUAUUUAUCAUAUAUUUUCGUUCAUAUUGGCCAUCCCUUAUAUUCCGCUUUAUUUGGUUUGCUGUCUCCUGUUACAAGAAUUGAUUUUACACAUGCUAAUUUGGGCUUAUUUUAAUUUCCAUUUUUAACUUUUUGGAUUACUAAGAAUAUGGAAAAAGAUUGUGGUGAUAGUGAUAAACAGACAGCGGAAAAUAUACUGGAGGAUUUAGAUAUAUCGGAUAGUAGCUGCGUCUUUGGAGAGACGACAGUUGCAUCUGCAUCUAAAAAAAUUGACAGUAUGAUGAAGGAUGUGCAAAAUGUCGAAAAGUUGUGGAUGCAAAUAGAAAGCAUGUCAAGCAAGCAAUCACUGUCCGAUUCGGCAGGAUCUAAGCAAAAAUUAAAUUUGCAGGAGCAGCUCGACAUGCUGAAAACUAAAAAUCUAUACACCAAUUACCGGAACGAUGUAUCAUCUGAUUUAACCCAGAAAAGUGGAUUGGAGGAUUACCUUUCCAAUGAAGAACUCUUGUGUAUGAUGAUGAAGGAGGAGGCUGAUGAAUUGAAACCGACAUAUGGGGAAUGGAUGACGGUUAUGGAAGAAAUAAAUAUGGUGAACCAAGAUGAAAAUGAGGAGAGUAAGUCGGAGCAAGAGGAACCGAUGUUGUACAGUACAAUGUCAAAUGAACAAAUGAUGAACGGCAAAAGAGCAGAGAGUGAAGACGGCGGUAAUAGUGAAUAUGUGUCUGAAGAGGAAUACAUGUACGAAGAGGAUGAAGAGUAUGAAAAAACUGGCGACACGGAUAGUUUGGAAAUAGAUGAGACAUUUGACAGUAUAAAGAGCAAUAUUUUGGAUUUUGAAAGAGCCAAAACCGACACAAACCUCGAAGAUGUACAACAGGGAGAAUGGGAUGAAUUAGAAAACGUAAAAAAUGAAUUGGAUAUGUUAGGAAUUGAUAGUGAGAUAUCCGAUUUGAAAAGUACUACGGACACUAUAUCUGUCAUAUCUAGAGAUGAUGACUUUGAACGUGAGAAUGGAGAGGUUUUUGCGCGUAAAGAUGUUCGAAAAGAAGAAUGUACGAAAUUGUUUGAAGAUAGAGAGUCGAAUACAGAGAUUGAUUUAUCUAGGUCUGCGGGUUUGGAGACAGAGUCGGAGUCCUUAGGCUCUACGGAAUUACUGUCAAAGUCAUUGUUGGAAUUGCCUCUCAAUGUUAGCUCUGAAUCUGGAUCAAAACAGCAGCCGGACUUGACGCAAGAAGGUUCUGACUAUUUUGACAAACCGUCGUUAUCAGGAGAUAUUAAAGCGCUAGAAGAUAAAUUACAGCAAGUGAAUGGCGUUGAUGUACUGGACGAGAAACGAUCAUUGGCCGUAGAAGACGGUAACGCAAAAAGUGAAAUUUUGCAUGCUUUAACGAUUUCCGACUCGGAGAGUACAGAAGUAGGUGUCCCGCUCGCGGUGUCUGUAGGAGAGGACGUGAAUUUAGAUAAGGGGCAGUCUGUGAUGACAGACGAUAAAACAAGUGAUACAACGCAGGAUAAAGAUGUGCUGUCCCCUGUCGAGUAUAGCGACUCAGAUAUACCUUUGAAUGCGGAUGGUAGUAUCGACAUACUAGAUGAAGAAUCCGCAUUUACGGAAAAGAAUGUCGGGCUACUUGAUAAAUCGUCACAAGCGGAAAAUAUGCAACCUUCUUUGAUAACAGCUGAGCGUACUGAUAUACAGAAGGAAGGGCCAUUAUCGGUAGAGACGGCACCCAAACAGAAGAAGUCAUUGCGUAUUUCCGAUCCAGAAGAGCCGUCUAUGUUAUCUGAGCCUGAGGAUAGCGGGUCCGAUCAAUAUCUGCAAUCUUCACUUACUUUGCAGAAUAAGACGUUUAAUGGGGGUGCCUCCCUACAGCCCCUCGAUGGCGCCGAGUUGACUAGAGUGCCCUUGACCCAAUUUGGCACUGAAUCAGACAAGCCGCUGUCUUCCGUCAGCGGUUCCAAAUUGAGAAAGACCAAAAGUCGAUCAUGUCGACAUUCUGAACCUAGUUCAAGGAGUCGUAGAGUUCAAAGCCAAGCCUUGCAUAAAUCCACAAAAUCUCCCAGACAUCACAUAACUAAUAGAUCUCAGUCAGCGGUGACAGAAACGUGUAAACAGGAUACUGAAGGGGCUGAUACCUCGCUUGAUUCUAAGAUUGAUAGUGACAGCGUUUCUGUCUUGGUCGAACAGCCUGCUGCAAAAAAGGAGGAUGUGUCGAGUUGUCCGUUGCAAAAAAAGCGCCCAGCAGGGGGGGCAACGCUGUCCGCAGGAAAGGCGAAUGAAGUAGGUUAUCCAUCGCUUCCACAUUCAGCAAGCAAAUUGGUGUUGAACUUGAAUAGGUGUAUUUCUGAUGCGAAUAGCUUGACCUUGUGGUCAUACUUGAAAAGUCAGACAGGGCUGCCAUGGAUGGGAUGGAGGAAAUGCUGUGUAAUUGUGGAUAGAGAGACCAUUCGUUGGGAGACGGAAGAUCAUUCCAUGUUUGGCGGAUACACGCUACCAAUGCUUAAAAUGUAUGAGAUCGUGUCAAAUGAGGUGUUGGAGGAUGCACCUAAAAAUGAAGGAUGCACUUUGAUGCUUGUGAUGGGGGACGUGACAAUAUUUAUGCACCUUGAAAAUAGGCAUGACUUUAUAUUAUGGAAUGAGUGCGCUAAUGAGUACUUCCCAAUGUUGGGAUCGGAUCAAGUUCAAAAGGCCGAGACAGAUAAACUGAAUGUAUUUGAACAGACAGAAAAGUGGCUGAAGGCGAAAAAAUGGAUUUCUUUUGUUAAAAUCAAAGCUUCAAUCUCCAGUCGUAUGAAACUUAUGAAAGAAGAUUUGCUCGAGGAAUAUUCGGGCUUAAAUACCUAUUUGCAAUUUAUCUAUUCACCGAGUUUUUUCUUGAUCAUCCCAAUCCUGACAGAACUCGUCGACAUAGAUCAAUUGGCAAGCUGUCUGUUGAAAAUUUAUUUGUUCGGCGAUUGCACCUUCAAUUUGAUUCGCUUUGUCAUUCAGUGGGAGGUCGACAACACUAUCCACGUCGGCUCUUUGUUUCGCUUAAACAGCUUGGCCAGCAAAGUUAUGCGCAUAUACACUCACAUACUAUGCAAAGACUAUGUUGCUUCAGUGUGCAAGCCUGUAGUCGAGAGGGUUAUAGAAUCUGGUCACCGUCUGGAAAUUGAUCCUGAUCGACUUCGCGACAAGGACAAGCAAAAGAAAAACAUGAAAAAACUCAAAAAAAUUAUAGAUCAACUUUUUAAUGACAUCUGCAACUCAAUUCCAAUGUUACCACUGGAAUGCCGAAAGAUCUGUCACGAUCUUAAGCUGGCCUCAGAAAAAAAAUUUGAGGGCAUCGUCAACGCCGGAGAUAUUGCUGUAUUUGGCUACUUAAUUCUACGACUUAUUAGUCCAGUACUCAACUUUCCAGAUAAGUAUCAAUUGGUAUCUAAAACCGCACUCACGAAUCACAGUAGGCGUUCUUUGCUUCUCGUUUCCAAGAUUCUCUUGAAUAUCAUGACCCAGGUCACCUUUACAAAAGAAGUUUACUUGUUUGACUUGAACGACUUCAUUCAAGAGAAAUUCAGUCAGGCUUCGAACUUUCUAUCACUCGUAUCUACAGUACCAAAAAUCAUUCCUAAGGCGUCCAAUAGAUCCUCUUCAUCUUUGUUUAUUCACAUAGAUGACUAUCUUAGGAACUUGGUUGUUCUCUACAACAUGAUCUACACCCAUAGUUCUGAAAUUCAAAAAUGUCUGAACCGAGAGUCCAGCGUCGUCAAGUCCUGCCAGCGAUGCUUUAGAAUUUUGGGAGCUCCUCAAAAUCUUGAGGCUAUAUUCAAAGAAAGAAUUAAGAAAUAUCAAAAAACGAAAAAAAAAUUCAAGUCUUCAAGUUCUCUAGAUAGUCUAUUUACUAUGGAAAAGAACUAAGCCAUCCACUCUAUUUACAAGGUCUACAACCUUUCCUUUUUUGCUGCAUCAUAUUUCUUGCCUAAAAGCCCUUUAACUAUGUAUAAAGCGACAUCUUCUUUUCUUCGACCUACGAGUUUUACCGCCGCUUGCUUAAGAAUAAGAUCAAGAUUUGAGAGGGACCAAAUAUUUUUGACUGCGAUAUUUAAAGCUCGCAUAAAAAUAUUUGUUUGUAGAAUAUUUGUAAAUGUAUAAGUUUGUUUUAAGGCUGCGCGCAGUGUUUCCUACAACGGCCUACACGAUAACAUGGAUAUUAAUUCAAAGCCUUGUCAAUCUGUAUUUUUAACCUAAAUUCGGUUACAGAUAACUUUAGAUUGUGUAUCUACUCUAAUCGUUCUACUCGCCAUCAUUUUCGGAUACAUAAACUAUGAUUCAAUUUUUAUGUCUGCAUUUUCU